UGCUGCGGCCGGCCGGCCGGACGUCGGAGCGCGGGAGCCCUGGGCUGGAGCAAGCUAGAGCAGGGAGGAGAGUCAAAGCACAGGCCCUUCUGCCAUUUCCUCUUGACUGCUGUGAAAUGACUUUGUGUGGACCCUGAGCCCUUCUCCCCGUCCCAUCACCACCUUUUAUUUUGCCAGCCGGUGCCAUGAAGUCGUCUUCUCCUUCAGGACCGUCGCUGCGAUGAUGUGACUUCUGCAGGAGGCUAAGCAGGAAGCGAAGCUGGGCCUGAAGCGGGAGGCUAUUAGAAGGCAGGUAGACUCACUGCCCCAGGGUGGGAGGAGAGGCACAGGGUGAGCGGACCUCCCUGUGCUUCAGGCCUUUCUGCUGCAGUGCUCCAGUCUGGGAGUAUUGCUUUCAUUCUUAAGUUCUUUGAAUUCCCUCCUGUGAAUCUCACCAAGGAGCGAUAUUGACUGGGAAUUGGCUUUACCUUGCUUGCUUGUAUACAGUCCUCAGUUAACCCAGAGCUGUUCCUUGGAGUGCCUCCAUCACCUUUCACAAAUGUGAGCGCAACAGGCCAGCACGGAAAAGGGCCUCCCAUCAUCUUCAAAACACUUUUGCUUUUGGCUUUAAUAUAUAUUCUUUUGUUGUUGUUGUUGUUGUUGAAACUUGAAAUGAUCUUGCAAAGGGUGCUUUCCAUCUUCUCCUCCUGAGAUUUGAGACUGGGCUGGAUUUCCCAUCCCCAAAUUCAGGGCCAGCUGCUGGGAAUUAUAUUAUCUUCAUCAAAUCCUUUUGACUGAGAAGCUGAAGCUGUCAGUGCUGAAAUCCCAUUUCUUUUUCCCAAGCAUGUCAGAAAGCUGGCAACAGCAACAGCAGCAGCAGCAGCAACAACAACAACAACAACAACAGCAACAACAAGCACAACAGCAACCCCAUCACACUGGGACAGCGGCACUUGCAGAGCAUUCAAUCCCUCCGAGCACGGCUGAGAACGCCUUGGGGUGUGCAGUCUACGGUAUCCUGCUCCAGCCAGACCCCAAUUUGCAGCACCACCAGCACCCACCAAUCCAGGCCGGAGAACCCUCCCACAAAUGUGGCGUGUGUGGCCAUGACCUCACUCACCUGUCCAAUCCACAUGAGCACCAGUGCCUGCCUGGGCAUGACCGGUCUUUCCAGUGCACGCAGUGCCUGAAGAUCUUCCACCAGGCCACCGACCUCCUGGAGCACCAGUGCAUCCAGGUGGAACAGAAACCCUUUGUGUGCGGUGUGUGCAAGAUGGGCUUCUCCCUACUCACCUCCCUAGCACAGCACCAUAAUGUGCACAAUGGCAAUGCCAUGAAGUGCUCCAUCUGUGAGAAGACCUACAAGCCUCCUGAGGCAGAGCAUGCCCAGCCCCUGGACCCAUCAGACAAGCCAUACAGCUGUUCCAUCUGCCAGAAGACCUUCAAGCACCUCUCGGAGCUGUCGCGGCACGAGCGCAUCCACACGGGCGAGAAGCCCUACAAGUGCACCCUGUGCGACAAGAGCUUCAGCCAGUCUUCACACUUGGUGCACCACAAGCGGACACACAGCUCAGAGCGGCCAUACAAGUGCACAGUGUGUGAAAAGACCUUCAAGCAUCGCUCACACCUGGUCCGCCAUAUGUAUGCCCACUCGGGUGAGCACCUCUUCAAGUGCAAUGUCUGUGAGCUGCACUUCAAGGAGUCAUCAGAGCUGCUGCACCACCAGUGCACACCCAGUGGGGAGCGCCCCUUCCACUGUGGUGAGUGCCAAAAGUCGUUCAAGCGCCCCUCAGACCUGCGGCAGCAUGAGCGCACCCACAGUGAGGAGAGGCCCUUCAAGUGCGACCUCUGCCAGAUGAGCUUCAAACAACAGUAUGCCCUAAUGCGUCACCGCCGCACCCACAAGGUGGAGGAGCCCUUCAAGUGCAGCCUCUGCGAGAAGGGCUUUGUGCAGCCCUCCCACCUGGUCUACCACCAGCACGUGCAUGGCAUUGAGAACCUCUUCAAGUGCAAUGUGUGUCAGAAGGGCUUCAACCAGUCUUCGGAGCUUCUGCGGCACAAAUGUGUGCAGAACGCUGAGCGCCCCUUCAAGUGUACCGUGUGCAACAAGUCCUACAAGAGGUCCUCGGCUUUGCAGAAGCACCAGCUGUCGCACUGCACCGAGAAGCCGCUCAAGUGCACACUGUGCGAGAGACGCUUUUUCUCUUCCUCAGAGUUUGUGCAGCACCGCUGUGACCCGGUGCGUGAGAAGCCCCUCAAGUGCCCAGACUGCGAGAAACGAUUCAAAUAUGCAUCGGACCUGCAGCGCCACCGCCGGGUGCACACGGGCGAGAAGCCAUACAAGUGCCCGUCAUGCGAGAAGGCCUUCAAGCAGCGUGAGCACCUCAACAAGCACCACAGUGUGCAUGCCCGGGAGCAGCAGUACAAGUGCAUGUGGUGUGGUGAGAGGUUCCUGGACUUGGGCCUGCUGCAGGAGCACAGUGUCCAGCACACUACCGAGGGGGCAUAUCAGGUGGCCGCGUGCUUGCCCUGAGCUGUCCCCAUAGGUUUCUGCUUGCAUGUGAACCUCUUCAACAGCUCCUUUUCUUUUCUUGUAAAAGACGGAUGCCUGAACCUUGGGAGGGCAGUGGGGGAAGAUCUGCCAGUCCAGUUAGACAUCACCCUGGCCUCUGUACAUUUCCACGUGCAUUUGGUGUCUUAGUGACGUGCAAAGCCCAAGAGAGGGUAUGGAGGAAAAGGGAGGCAAAGGAUGGAAAUGAAUCCUGUUCCUGUUUGUUUUCUCCUGGUUUAUAGUUUUCCUUGCAGCUGCAGUUCAGUGUUUGAGCUCACAGGUCCUUUCUCAGCCACUGCCUGUAAACAUGUCUUCUCGCAUGUCCCCCAGUACCGAGGUCUCCUGAGAGAGCUGGCUAACUCAACUUUUUCUUGAGAGAGGCCCAGGUCUCUUGAGCCAGGCCCCAGCACUACUUCUCCUUGGGGGCACAGGGGCCUUCCCGCUUACUAGUCCCAUCUUAACAAGGUAGCUUAUAAAGACCGUUUUAAAACCAUGCUGUCUGAUUAAAUGCCCCUGGGCACUCCCCCCACUGUAUGUCCUAGUAGCAUGCAGGGAGGAGAAGCCAUGGGACUGCUGUGCUCCGAAGGCACUUUGUUGCCUUUGCAGUCUUAGCUGACUGAAGUCAUGCAGUAGCUUUGAACAAAGGCUCUGUUCCUCUUAUUGUUCCCCACCUCUCCCCCAUAACUCUGGAAUUGAGGUGGGGCAUGAAUGUUGCACAUUACGUAAAGAAACUGCAACCCCUAAGGCUAACCCCUCAGGCCACCUGUGUUCCUGACUGGAAUAGUCUGAGAACCCUCAAGCUUCCAAGCUGCUCAUCUAGAGACACCUUGGAUUUUCCUAAGACUUACAGCUGUCUUGAGGGACAGUGCCAUUGUAGGGUCUUGAAACUGCUACCAGCCCACAGAUCCUUUUAUAGCACUUAGCAAUGCACUUGGAUUGGAUGUAAAAUAGUAGCCCUUGCACUUGCAUUGAUGCGUAAACCAGGGGAUAAUAAGUAGCAGUAAAACACCAAGGAGUGGGGAAGAUGCUACUGCUAAAGUGCAGUCUCCAGGAUUUCUACAGAAGAGAUGUUUAUUUGGAAAUGAGCUUAAGCGUAUCCGAUCAGGAGUUCUGAAAUUAUAACCCAAACUCCACGUCCAGGGAAUCACAUCGUGACCUUUAGGGUUAUGAUUUUUCUAGUUCUGUUUGUGGAGGCUAAUCCAUAUUUACAUAAUUGUCUCUUUGGGAAGAGGCAGGUUGGCAGAAGAUAAGGGAAUGAAUACUUUUCCUAGCGGGAUUCCCUGUGGACUGAUCUUCCUCUUCCUUGCCCCUUGCAAAUUCUCUAGAGAAGGAUAUAGAUCAUUUUAUUGCAACUAGGAUAAAUGCCUAGAUCCUAAUACAAAUUCCCUAUCAUAUUAUCCUGAUUGAUGAAGCUGCCCAAAAGCUGCCAGCUGCACAGUAUUGUUGGCUUCUCAUGACCAAGGUUCAUCAACUGACAUCUGGACACUUUUUCCAGGCAAGAGGCAUGCCUAUUGGAUUACCCAUAAUUGUUUCCUUCCUCCCACUUUGCUUGGCUUGGUGGACCAGUGUUUGUUUGAACCGGGAGUGCUGUAGUCUGUUGUAAUUAUUGAGAGCAGUGGCCAUUAAAUGGUCUGCAUUGGAGAGGGGGUCCGUAUGAUAAGCGUUACAGUGGAACAAGAUGCCUCCGUUUCCUUGCAGAAGGCUGGGUUGUGCCUGUUUAGUCUCGAGAGAUUCAAAUGAUUCACGUGGAGGAGGGAGGGCUUUCUUCUCUAUUACAGUUUCACUUCCUGCAUUGCAAAGAGGACCAGAGCUUGUUUCCUUGAGGGGGCUGGAACCGUUUGAAUGAAUGGGGCGGAGUUCUCUUUUCCUCGUUCGCAGCUUUAAGAACUCCAAAAUAAACCGUGUCCUCUGAUGCCCAGGGAGGAGUGACUGAUGCUCAUCAUAUUUCAUGCUGCCUCAGAUAUAUAGAACCUCCUCCUAUCAAGUUUUCUGUCUGCAUUGUUAUUUUUUUCCAUUUUGCUUUUUUAAAGCAGUUUGUUAAUAUUCAUUAAAAAGAAAAAAGAAUCCUGUAUAGUUUAAUUUGAUGUCAUUUUGGAUCUUUAAAAAAAGAGAUGUGAUAACUUGGAUUUUAAAAGAGAUAUUCAGUUCUAGGUAGCUGUUUUUGAUGUUUAAUAUAUAGUGAGUUCAGUGUAUGUUUAACUGUAGGAGUAAAAUAUGAAACAAGAUCCAGGCAAGUUCAUCUUGUUCAGGUCUGUCUUUGUGAAUGGGCUGGGGGUGGUGGGUGGUGGUGCUUGAGGCAUCGCAAAUGGAAGCUUAGAUUCAGGAGGAAUAUACUAAGAAACCAAAUUUUAGUGUCCAUUCAAAUAUAAGAGACCUGGCCGUGGAGGCGAGUUUUAUUGUUCCAGAUGCAGAAACCUGUGUUUUACACUAAUUUGCACAGAUGCCUUGGGAGGUCCUUUGGGAAUGACCCACACUUCUGAAUGGACUCAGAAGUGAAUGCAUUAAUUUAAAAUUAAAACAAAACAAAUCAAGAAUGUG